GGAAAACCAGCACGUGGAGGAUACAGAUAUGACACAGGAAAAACCAGCGGAAGAAGUAGCUCAGGAGGCACAAUUGGUGGAGGAGAAGCAUGCUGACGAUGACAUUCUUGUUACGGAAGUAGGAGAUGAGACACAACUGAUUGAGGAAAUGGUGGAUAACACUGAACCAGUUGAGCAAGUUGCUCAGGUGGUGGAAGAGAAGCAUGGUGACAUUCAGCCUGUAGAGGAAAUAAUAGAGGACACUCAGCCAGUUGAGGAAAUGGCACAAGCAGUGGAGCCCAUCCCCGAGCACAGCAAAAACGGUGAUUCUCAGUCACAUGCAAUUCCACCGCAGGAACAAGCUGCGUUUACAAUCUCUCAAGAAGGUCACCACCACGUUGACGUCCUUCUCCAGGAAGGCCAUCACCUUGAAGCAUCUUCGCAGGAGUUCCCCCUCGUUACCGUUGGAGAUGGAUUCUCAGACUUUGAGCUUUACAUCUCUGAGGUUGGGAGUCGGGAGCAGAUGAAAUCGGAGCUCGACAAAUACCUGGAGGAAUCUUUGAUACCGCGAUCUCCGGACUUUGAGGUUUUGGGCUGGUGGAGCCUGAACCGAACCAAGUACCCUACCCUCUCCAAGAUGGCAGCUGAUGUCUUGUCCUUACCAUUUUGCACUGUCUCUCCUGAUUCUGUUUUUGACACUCAGGUGAAAAAGAUGGACAACUACAGGAGCUCUCUUCUGCGCCAAGGAUUGGCUCAUGCACGGUUCCGCCUCAGAGAAUAAUAAUAUGAAGAGGGAAC